AUGGUUAAAGCAGUUGCUCAACUUCGCGGCGACUCCAAGGUCACCGGCACCGUGACCCUCGAGCAGCAAUCCGAGAGCUCCCCGACCACCAUCUCAUGGAACCUCACCGGCAAUGACGCCAAUGCUGAGCGCGGCUUUCACAUCCAUCAGUUCGGCGACAACACCAAUGGCUGCACCUCUGCUGGACCCCACUUCAACCCCCAUAGCGCAACCCACGGCGCGCCCACCGAUGCCAUUCGCCAUGUCGGUGAUCUAGGCAACAUCAAGACCGAUGCCCAGGGAAACGCCGUUGGCUCUGUUCAGGAUAAGCUCAUCAAGUUGAUUGGCCCCGAGAGCGUUAUUGGCCGUACCGUUGUCGUCCACGCCGGAACUGAUGAUCUCGGCAAGGGAGGCAAUGAGGAGUCCAAGAAGACUGGCAAUGCUGGACCCCGACCUGCCUGUGGUGUCAUCGGCAUUGCUGCUUAA